CCGGCAGAGUAACGGUCUAACGGUAGCCGUCUCCUCCGAUCCGUCAAUUGUCUCGGUUUGUUGACGUUAGCUGGAGCACAGCAGCAGCUAGUAACGGUAGUAACAGGGGUCUGUCCGCUGUUUCAGAGAGUCAGUGAAGCUAGCCUGCUCAGUUAGCUUCAAUGGGUUUAGAGUUCAAAGAUGAUCGCCUCACUCUCUAGAGGAAGUUUGCUGGAUGAGGUUCUUCACGGCUGCUUCAAUGAGCAGCAGCUGGCAGCCUAUGUUUCCUGGGUGAACUCUCAGCUGAAGAGGAAACCAGGCCUGACGCCUAUCACAAACCUCAGGCAUGAUCUGCAGGAUGGAGUGGUGCUCACACAGCUCAUCGACAUAGUUGCAGGGGAAACGCUGGAAGGGGUGUAUGUUACUCCACAAAACAAAGAGGAGAGCCGGAAGAAUGUGGAGCAAGUCCUGCAGUUCAUUUCCUCCAGACACAUACGCAUGCCACACAUAUCCGCAAGAGACAUUGUCGAUGGUAAUCUGAAAUCUGUAAUGAGGAUAAUACUGGCGCUGGCUGCCCACUUCAAACCCUCAGCCAAUCACAGGGCUGCUUCUGGAAGUGGGAGGAGUUUGACGAGAGGCUCUGCCAGCCACAACCCUCUCUCCACUGUUGCACUAGCACAAGGUGCCGCUGCCGCACUGGCAUCAGCACGACUUGAUGCCUCGCAGCCUUCACGUGCCACACGUAUCCACAGUGGCUGGGGGUUGGAUGUGGAAAAGAAUGUGUGUGUUCGUGCACUGGUUAAGCAGUAUGAAAGAGGACCUCCGGAUGAGCCGGACAAUCCCGAGCCUAGCAGUUUCAGCUCCGUCAGUCCACUAUCAUCUCCAAGAGCUCCACCCAGCAGCCACCUAGAAGAUCGCCAACAACUGGGAGAGCAGUGGUGAGUUCUGUCCCGCCACAAACCCGCAUCUGAGUCAUCUCGUGUUGUUGCGGAGACGGCGUUGGAGGGUUCUCUCAGUGAAGCUUUGGAGGAGGAGGUGCAGGAGACACGUAAAAUGGUGUCUGCUUUACAGGCCCUGCUGCUGCAUGGUUCACUGCCUGAGGAUGAACAGGAUGUGUCUUUGAGUUUGGACCAAGGCAAUGCUGAACAGCAACUGGUAGUAGUCAUUCGCAGUCGUUUGGAUCAGAGCAUGGAGGAGGCUCAGGAGCUAAAGAGGGAACUGUUGCGCUGUAAGCAGGAGACGAGAAACCUGCAGGGAGUCAAGGACGCCCAGCAGCAGAGACUGUGCACUCAGGAGGCAUCAAUACUGCAGAUGAAGCAAGAGCUGCUCAGAGCCAGCAUGACGAAGGAUGAACUCAACAACCAGAACGCCGAGCUACAGUGGAAGUUGGAGGAAUGUAACAGGCUGUGGGGCGAAAGCAAAAAGGAGAUAGGACAGAAGGACAGACUACUGCAGCAACUCAAACACAAGCUUGAAGAAAGUAUAAAAAAGCAGAUUCCCACCGGCACAGAAAACAAUGGAUAUUCUCACUCUGGAAAUCCAGCUCCCUCUAUGUCAGACCAGGCAGAGGAGGUUCAGCUGCUCCGAGAUUCACUCAGGAGUUUGAGGAACAACUUCAGAGACCACGACCCGCAGCACCACACACUGGACACCCUGGAGCAGGGCAUAGUCUCACUCAUCGACAGACUGCAUGCUCUGCAUACACACAGGAUACUGCAGGGAAGGGGGAAAUCUCCGAGACACAAAGGCCAACAGUCAGACUCUGACACCUGGCCUUGCACUAAGGUUUGUCAAUCCCACAGUGGUUCUUCUGCAUCCACUAAAAUCCUUUAUUUCACUGGAAAAUCCCCAACACCUUCCAUGAUCAAUAUACCGAAGAGGUUGGGUGAGGUUACUCUAAAGGAUGUUAAGGCAGCUGUUGAUCGAGAGGGAAACUACAGGUACCACUUCAAGGCCCUGGAUCCUGAGUUUGGCACUGUGAAAGAAGAGGUGUUCCUGGAUGGAGCAAUCAUUCCAGGCUGGGAAGGAAAAAUAGUUGCGUGGGUAGAAGAGGACCGUGGUGAGGAAAGGCCAUUAUAGGAGCAAGUUGAGGGGCCAUGACACUUUGUUUUUGCUCCUGGUCACUGUGAUCCUAGAGGCACAUCAAGACAACGGUUCAACCGAGGCACAAGUGGACACUUUUGAGAUUCAGAUUAUUAGCAAAAUACUGUAAGACUUGUUAGCAAGAGAUUUGGGUUGAUCCGCUGGUACUAGCCACACUGAUAGCCCUACUCGCUCUGGAGACGGUGUAAAUCUGUAACUGAUGUCUAGAAUAUCGUAAAACUCAGUGCCUUACAAAGGAAAGCUAUUUCCACCAUGUGCUUAUUAUUGCCAGGCUGUAUUAUCAAAACUGGACUCAAAAGUAGACAAACAUUUGCUUUGAUUUAACUGUUUCUAAAAACACAGUUGUGUUGUUGUUUCCUGUAGUUGAAGCCAGAUGUUUGUGCUGUAUUGAGGAAUUGGAAAAAAGUGUGAAGUGUUCAGUAUCACUUUUCAUUCCUUGUGCAGCAAUGAAGUAUUUGAAACAGAUACUACCAGAUUACAUGUUUGAAAUAUGUAUUGUCUAUUGUUCUUUAGCCCAGGUACAUUUCAGUCUUAAUUGUGAAUGUAAAGUGAAUAUACAGUAUUAUCAAUCUACCAUAGCAAGAAAUAGGAAAAAUAUAUUCCGGGUGAGAAAAAAUACCACUUUUAUGAUAGAAAUGUUACGAGGUAGGAAAAGAUCUGACAAGUUAAUUCUGUUUUAGUGCUGCACAAGGUUUGUUGCCAUUCUGACCUGCUGCUGACAAACACACUGCCCAGAUACCAACUUCUAUUGUUAUUAUUAUGUUGUAUUAAUUACAAAUAACAGAUAACACAAAAAUAAGGAGGGUUACAGUCAUCUGGAGAUGUCCUAACAGAAAAAAAAUCUAUUGCAAAAAUUAAAAAAACAAAAACACCUGAGUUUAUUUCAGUUCCACUAUAGAAACCAAAUCCAGUUGUGGGUUUAAAUGUCAGUCUGUAGUUCACUAGCAUGUAAACAGAAAUGCUCAAACUGAACUUCUGUCAGUGAAAUAGAAAUGAUGCUGGAAUGAAUUUUCAUGAAAUGUUCGUGUAGAAAUGCAGAUGAACAGCACUGUUGUUAUGUUUACUUUAUGAAAUUGUUUUGUACAAUUGUGUAAAAUUAUUUUCACGAUGUCCUUAUUUUUUUAUUUUUUUUUUAAGUUUAUGACUCUUAUUUGUUUAAAGAGAGAUUCCUGUGAGAUGAGAAUGCUUCUGCUCUUGUUAAAAAGGUGCGUGGAUGUGAAUUUUACAUCAGAGAUUUAAAGGACACUUUUGUCCUGGAACAAUGGACCAUCCCACUAUUUAUGGUUUGUGUGUGUGUGAGUGUGUGUGCAUGUGUGUAUGAGAUCAGUACAGACCUUUUCCUCUACUCAGCUUCCCAUUUGAGAUCAAUGUGUUUGCCUUCACUAACAAGCCAACUGAAAUAUGCAUCAGUCUACUUUUAAAUAAAGCUUGUUUGAAUGCCAUAACUGCCUGUACUGUAAAAUGUACAAUUUGCUGGUGAGAUGGUUAUUUAGGAAUUGUUUUGUUGACUGAAUAUUUUACAAAAUUUGGAUAUGGUCUGUUACAAAUAAAAAUGACCUUUGUUGAAUGUUAGAAAGACAGAUAUGUUGAAAUAAAGCCUGAGUUUUGUUUUAAAAA